UGUUUUUACUUAAAAAUUCAUGCUCAGGUCAAGACAUGCCUGGAGAAUUAAACAUUGGAAAUCAGCCACACUCUGAGUCAAAUUCUCCUGCAAAAUCUGACCACAACCAAGUUGCUGAUGUGGAAACUUCUAAAAUUAAAUUGGUUGGAAAUGCCAGCAGCAGCAGUAGUGAUGACUCCAGUGGCACUGAUGAUGACUUAAAGACUAACUUAAAGACUUCUGAUGAGAACACAAACAUGACCAAAGAUGCUGUUGAUAUUGAAACUGAGAAAACAAAAUCUGAUGUCCCAAUGAAAUUUCUUGAUAUCAAAAUUUUAAUUAAUGGAAUAAGUGAUCUUAUCAUUGUGCAGCUUUCCAAUCACGACACAGUUCAGGACAUCCGACAAGUCAUUCUUGAAAAACCUGAAUGCUGUUACCGCACUUGUUUCUCACUUUACUUAGGCAAAACGAGAUUGGAUGAUUUUAUGGAACUACACGACAUACCAGAUCUCAAUGAUGAUUCUAUAAUUAAAGUUGUUGACGAACCAUACAGUAUACGUGAAGCCAGAAUACAUAUCCGUCGUCUUAGAGAUUUGUUGGUGACGUUACUUGAACCAAGUGCAUUCACAGCUACCGAUAAUUUAUCACUCUCGUAUCUUUCUUCGAUUACACAGAUUGAUGUGGAGGAGGAAGCAUGGAAACGAGCAAAGGAACCAAAUGCAGCAAGAUCAAGUGAAAGUGUGCUCCCUCCUGAAUAUGCAUCUUUAAAUAAAGCUAGCAAUACACUCUUGGAACCACUAAUACUUCUGGAUAACAAAGUGCAGUUUCUGGAAUGUCUUAAAGAUCUACGUUAUUCUGCCUGGAAUCCUCCACCUGGAUAUAGAAAAUUAGCAGGAGAUCUUUUGUAUCUUGAAAUUGUGACAUUGGAAAAUCCAGAUUUUACAUACCAUGUUACUUCAUCUUCAAGUGGAUUUUUUGUUAACAGAUCGUCACGGUACAACUUUGAUCCAAAGCCAAGCAACGAAGCAUACAGGUCCCAAACAUUAGCUGGACUGCUCAUUAUGCUUAGUCCCCUCUUCAAGAAAAACUUUUCUAACAUACAAAGAUCUAGUAUUAAAAAGCACCCUUUGGAAUUGGUUGCAUCACCCCAACAAGUAUUCCCUUGGUUAUCACCAAAAUUUGAGCAUACAAUGGAUCCUUUCAGAGCUGAGGAUGCUGUUACUAAUCGUAUCGGUUAUGAGGAGCAGAUACCUGGACAGUUACGUGACUGGAAUGAGGAGCUUCAAUCUGCAAAGGAACUGCCUAAAAAAACUCAACAUCAAAGAAUUUUACGUGACAGAGCAUUAUACAAAAUUACAUGUGAUUUUGUUUCGGCAGCCACAAAAGGUGCAAUUGCUGUUGUUGAUGGCAAUGUUAUGGCGAUAAACCCUGGAGAGGAAGAAAAAAUGAGAAUGUAUAUAUGGAAUAACAUAUUCUUCAGUUUUGCAUGCGAUUCAAGAGAACAUUACCAAAAAUAUGGUGGUGAUGAAGCAGCUUAUGCUGCGGCAAGUCUGGACUUAAAAGGAGUUGAAAUCUAUAAUAAACUUGAUUUAGAAGGAUUGUAUACACUUGGAACAGUUGUUGUAGAUUAUCGAGGUUAUAGAAUAAUUGCACAGUCUAUAAUUCCUGGCAUUUUACAACGAGAACAAGAAAACUCUGUAGUUUAUGGAAGUGUUGAUGGAGGAAAGACGAUUUCAACUCAUGAAAAAUUUUUGGAAAAGUUGAAAACGGCUGGUACAUCACUUAGGAUCAGACCACACAAGGUUAUUAACGAGAAGCAAGAAGAUGUUGAACUGUGCUCAUCAAUAGAAUGCAAGGGUAUAAUUGGAGCCGACGGUCGACAUUACAUAUUGGAUUUAUUCCGCACAUUUCCUCCAGAUAUCAACUUUUUAGAUGUUUGCAAAGUUAACCGAACUUUAAUAAAUGGAGAGCAUCUUCCAGAAGAGUUAAAAAAUAACAGAGACAAAUCUGACUUCAUAUAUCCUAUACCUCAUCCCCAGCAGUUGGUUUCAUUCCGUCCCACUGCUCUGGAGGCUUUUAUUGGUUACAAGUAUGUGGCUUUUGUGAAAGUUAUUGCAAUACAUAAACUUCAGGACGAAAAAGAAAAGGAAGAGAAAAAAAGUAAAGAAGUAAAAGAAGAAUCCGAGUCAAAUGGUACGGAUAAAGAUGUCAAUGGAACAGAGAUAAGUGACAAAGUUGAAACAAAUGGUACAUCAGAUGUAAAAAAUAAAGAAAAUGAAGAAAAAGAAGAACGGGAACAAACAGAAGAAGAUUUAUCUGAUAUCAGAGCUGUUGUAGCAGCCACUAAAGCCAUAGGUUCAUUGAAUCCAAGAGCAUUCGACAUUCGUUUCAAUCCUGACGCAUAUGUACCUGAAGUAAAGUUGAGUAAAUCAGAAGAAGAAGCUGACAAAUUAGAGAAAGCAUUAGUUGAAGAUCUUGCACUGUUCUUGUCCAGUACCAUCAUCCCCAAACUGAUUGAUGAUUUCUCUUCAUUGACUACAUCUCCAAUUGACGGUAUUGCACUCACAGAGAUCAUGCAUUCACGGGGCAUAAACAUGCGAUACUUAGGAAAGGUCGCCACCAUGUGUUCGCAGAGGGAGAAUUUAGAGCAUAUCACAAAAAUUGUUGUGAAAGAGAUGGUUUUGAGAAGUGCGAAAAGGCAAUUUAAAAAUUGCAUGCAAAGUGCCAAUCAAAGAUGUUUGUCAGCAGCUGUCAGUCAUUUCUUGAACUGUUUUUUGAGUUCAAUGAAUAUACCACAACCACACAUUCCUUCUGAAGAGAUCAACAAGAAAAAGAAGAACAAAAAGAAAACACAAAAAUUACCACAUCUUCCAUCGAACAGCAAUGUUGCAUGGAUGUCUCUAUCACCUGCGUUCUUGUGGAUGUCUAUAACAGGACACAUGCAAAAACAUUUUGGGUAUAAACUCCAAAGUGCCAGCAUAGAUGCAUUUGUUGCGGACUUUCGCGUACAAAAGUUAAGCCUGUUGCGAGAGUUUUGUAAAAAGACUGGUGUUCAGAUGUUACUGCGAGAAUACGACUUUGAUAAUAAGAAGUACGCCACAUUCAGCGACGAAGAUGUUCUUAAUCUUUUCCCUAUUGUCAAAUGUGCGACGCCAAAAGCUCUCGAUGCGUCUGUCAUCUUUGAAGCUGCACAAUCACGCUUGCAGUCAGGGUUUUUUGGCGAGGCGCAUGAAUUGAUGAUCGAAGCACUUAACAUGUUCAACCAAGUGUAUGGUCCACUACAUGCAGACAUCGUUAUAUGCUAUCGUUCGAUUGCACGCAUCCAUUAUCUAGCGGACGACGCUGCACAGGCUGUAGCGUUCCAAAAGAAAGCAGUAAUGGUUGCUGAAAGAGUGUUUGGUAUCGACCAUCCAGACACAGUAGUGGCAUAUGUCCACCUUGCACUCUACUGCUACCAUGCAGGACUCGUUCCAUCUUCAUUGAAGCUGAUGUAUCGUGCGAGGUAUCUUGCUAUGUUGUCUUAUGGUGAAGACCACCCAGACAUGGCCACCUUCGACACUAACAUUGGUUUGAUGCUUCACAAUCAAAGAGAGUUUGAUUUGGCAUGCAAAUAUCUCGAACAUUCUUGCAACCUUCAGAUGAAAUAUUAUGGCGCCAACAGUUUGCACACAGCUACAGGUCAUCAUUUAGUUGCUCGUGUGCUCUCCUCCAUGGGUGAUUAUAAAAAAGCACUCAACAAUGAAAAAACCACGUUUUCCAUUUACCAAAAACAUUUUGGAACUGACGAUGCAAGAACGAAGGAGAGUUCUAACGCAUUAAACACGAUUCUGAAACAAGCGGUGAUGUUACAGAAAACGUUAAAAGAUAUUGCUGAAAAAGGCAAGGUUUGUCCAACAAGUGUGCCUAAGUUGGACGAUGACGAUUAUGACAAGAAAAUAUUGACAAUGGUCAAUAAAAUCGAAGAACUUGACGAAGCACCCGUCAAGAUAAAUUCCAAGAAAAAAAAUUCGACCAAGUCUUGAAUACUUAAAACUUGAGUUGACAUAGCGUGGAUUGCAAAUUGGAGUGUUAUGUAUUUACGUGUGCAACUGAGUCAUUAUUUUUUACCCCCACGAUUUGAGCGAGAUAAAAAUGACAUUUUUUAGGAAUACAAAAUUAUUUGCAUUGAUAAAUUUGUGUGAUGGAAGUGCUGUUUCAUUCUAUCUUGUGAAUGUGUAUGGUAUGAAAUUUUCUUGAUCUGCACCCAAUCAUAUAUAUACGACACCAUUUUAAGAUUUAUUUUGAAUGCAUUUUAAAUUUUUUAAAGACCAGUUUAUUGACUGUAUCUGAUACAUUCUUAAAGAUGUAUUAAAAUUUUCUACGAAGUUGAUAUUUUUCCACUAAAUUGAUGUAGUUUAAUUAGAGCGUUGUUAUAUUGUAAGAUUUCUCACUUGCUACGUAUAAA